CACUUGAGCCCACUCUCAAGCUAAGGCAGUAUGAGUAGUGUGUGAGUGAGAGAACGCUGAGAGUACGGAACGGAGUAAAUCUGGAGGAGUCUCACAGGGGCUCAACGGAUAUAGUGGAGCGCCAGAGCAGGCCAGAAAGGCAAGGAACGACACGCUAGGCCGAUUCACGGACGCUGAACGUGGGGAGUACCGAGGCAGGUUAAAUCUUCAAGGUUAGGCGGCAGAGCUUGCGAUGGCGGAAGUGGCGGGAAACAGUGUAAUUUGCCAGCUAGCCGAUGCAGAGGGCAAGUUGGCCGGCAAUCCCGUGGACAUUCCGCAGGACGCGGGGCCCAGGGAGCUGACGGCGCUACUUAACGCCAUCCUCCAGAAUGAGGAGAAGCUACCAUACGCGUUCUACAUCGACGACAGGGAGGUGUCAGAGCCGCUAGGAGAGCACCUAAGACAACACAAAGUGUCGGUGGAGAAGGUGCUGUCCAUCGUGUACCAGCCCCAAGCCGUGUUCCGAAUCCGAUCCGUCACCCGCUGCUCUGCCACCAUUCCAGGCCACACAGAGGCAGUGCUGGCUGUUGCCUUCUCCCCGGACAGCAAGCAGCUGGCGAGCGGGUCGGGCGACACGACGGUGCGGUUCUGGGACGUGAACACGCAGACGCCGCUCAAGACGCGCGCGGGGCACAAGAACUGGGUGCUGACGCUCGCAUGGUCGCCCGAUGCGAGGUACCUGGCCACAGGCGGCAUGGACGCGCACGUGCUGCUGUGGGAGUCGCCCGCGGGGGAGAAAGACCCUGUUGCGCUCAAGGGCCACCGCAAGUGGAUAACAGCUAUAGCCUGGGAGCCGGCGCAUGUGGCGCUGCCGUGCCGGCGCCUGGCGAGUGCGAGCCGUGACGGGGACGUGCGCGUGUGGGACGCCGUGAGACGCGCCACGCUGUUCGUGCUCACAGGGCACACGCUGGCCGUGACCAGCCUGCGAUGGGGAGGGGAUGGUGUGAUCUACUCGGGUUCUCGCGACUGCACGGUGCGCAUGUGGAGUGCUGCCAACGGUGCUGCCCUGCAACAACUCAAGGGUCACGGGCACUGGGUGAACUCUCUCGCUCUCAGCACGGAUUAUGCGCUCAGAACAGGUGCCUUCGACCACCGGGGGGUGAACGCACUUCUAGCCACCGACGAAGAGAGACAGGAGAAGGCGCGAGUGCGGUACGAAGCGGUGAGGGGCGAGAGUGGGGAGCGGCUUGUGUCGGGGUCAGAUGACUUCACCAUGGUGCUAUGGCACCCGGCCACCGCCAUGCAGCCCAACUCGCCGGUCGCUGCUGCUCUUAAAGCCAAGCUCACCGGCCACCAGCAGCUAGUGAACCACGUGUGUUUCUCCCCCGACGGUCGCUGGCUGGCGUCAGGGUCGUUCGACAAGAGUGUGAAGCUGUGGGACGGCGUCUCGGGCCGAUUCAUCGCGUCCUUCCGAGCGCAUGUCAGCCCCAUCUACCAGCUGUGUUGGUCGGCAGACAGUCGUCUUCUAGUGAGCGCCAGCAAAGACAGCACCCUUAAGGUGUGGGACCUGCAAACGCGCAAAGUGCGGGAGGAUUUACCGGGCCACGCGGAUGAGGUGUUUGCUGUUGAUUGGAGCCCAGACGGCACCAAGGUGGCAUCAGGAGGGAAGGAUAGAGUACUCAAGCUAUGGAUGACUUAACCCUGGAAGUGUGUGGCAUGCAUUGCUCCAUUAUACCGGUCUUACGAAUUGACAAAACACAGCCAUUUCUGUUCCACAUCUGUUGUUCUACCACUUGAUUUUCCGUUUGGCUUU